GCCCAUCCUACAUUUACACCAAUACAAUCACCACGAUUGGAAAUCUUCAAUCACAUUCAUUACACAACACAAAACUAUAUGCUAAGAUAUUUUACUAAGAUGGCCGAAAACGCAGCAAAGAGACUUAAAACCGAAGGCAGCAGCACCGGCGUUAAGAUUGGCACGCACAAUGGCCAUUUCCACGCCGACGAAGCGCUUGCCGUGUAUAUGCUUCGACUCCUGCCAACCUACGCAGGCUCUUCCCUAAUCCGCACGCGCGACCCAGCGCAACUCGAGACGUGCCACACAGUCGUCGAUGUAGGCGGCGAAUACGACGCCUCACGCAACCGCUACGACCACCACCAACGUACCUUCGACACCACAUUCCCCGGUCGCCCUACCAAGCUCUCCAGCGCCGGACUCGUAUUCCUACAUUUCGGAAAACCAAUCAUAGCGCAGAAGAUACAGAAGCCCGAGGACAGUGACGAGGUCGGCGUACUAUGGAACAAACUCUACGAAUCUUUCGUCGAGGCAUUGGACGCCCACGACAACGGCAUCUCAGCGUACGACCCAGCAGCCCUCGAGGCAGCCGGCAUCGAGAAGCGAUUUAGCACCGGGGCCUUCGGGCUCGGCGCUGUAGUCGGCCGACUGAACCCAAACUGGAACGACCCCAUCCCCUCCGACCCCGUCGAGGCCCAAGCCGAAGAGGACAAGAAGUUUCUAAAAGCGAGCGCACGUAUCGGCGAGGAGUUCUCGCAUGACUUAGAUUACUAUGCUACUGCUUGGCUACCGGCACGCUCUAUUGUGCAUGAGGCUUAUAGCAAGAGAUUCCAGUACGAUCCCGAAGGACGGAUUAUGGUCUUUGAUGGUCAAGCUGUGCCGUGGAAGGAUCAUUUAUACACGCUGGAAGAGCAGGAGGGAGAGACUGAUAAGAAGGUGUUAUAUGUCCUAUACCCUGAGAAACCCGUGCCGGAUGCGAAGUGGAGGAUACAAGCUGUACCUGUAACCAAGGACUCAUUCCAAAGCCGAAAGGCACUACCGGAGCCAUGGCGAGGCGCGCGUGAUGCACAAUUGGACGAGGUAUCUGGUGUUCCGGGUGGUGUGUUCAUACAUGCUUCUGGAUUCAUCGGUGGAAACAAAACGUUUGAUGGCGCGAAGGCGUUGGCUGAGAAGGCUUGCGCAUUUUAAAUAUGAACAAAUGGGAUGAAACGAAAUCCUGCGAUCACGUAUGUAUGUAUAGGCGCCGAGGAGGAAUCAUCAAGUCUCUAGAAUGCAUACCUAACGGAUAGAGAAAAGAAGCUCUCAAAAUGGAAUUAGAAUCGGCAAUUCAGGCGUAUUGUUCAGCAAGCAAAAUACAAUGACU